AUGAGAAUUUUUGGUUCUUUAAAAAGAUGGACAUACUACAGUCCAUAUGAAUAUACAUAUAUUUUAUGUAAUGAACAAAAAAGUAAAAGAAGAAAAUUUUCUUCAACAAUGUUAUAUAAUACAAGUGAGCUUCAAAACAAUAUGAUGAAGAACUUGGAAAAUAUGAAUGGUUUAAAUAUUAGUUAUGGUAUUAAGAAAAGUGUAAAAUAUGGUUAUGUAAAUAAAAAAAUGUUUGAACAUUACAACAAUUUAAUAAAAAAGUUUUAUUAUAAUUUUACAUUUGAAGAUAUUAUAUUAAUUUUACAAUCAUAUGCUUUAUGUAAAGAAAGAAAUUUCGAAGUAUAUUCUCUUUUAUCUAAUAAAUUAUUAGUUCUAUUUAAAGAUAUGAAUGAACAAGAAUAUAAUCAACAAGUAUAUAAUAAUAUUUAUAAAUAUAUUUUGGCUAGUCAGCAAUUAAAUUAUAGUGAUUAUGAAAUUAUAACUAUGUUUUUAAAAAUUAUAAAAAAUAAUUUACAUAUCUAUGGUCUAAAAAAAAUUUCUAUCAUUCUUCAUUCUUUAACAAAACUAAAAAUAUAUGAUCAACAAUUAUUAGAUAUAUCUUCAAUUUAUAUAGUAAAUAAUUUUCAACAUAUGAAAUGUAAUUAUGUUAGUCAUAUUAUAUCAGCAUACUCAAAACAAGUAAAUAUAAAAUUUUUACAAUUAUAUAUAAUGCUAUUACAAUAUAUUUAUGAAAAUAUAAAAUAUAUGGAUUCCUUAUCUAUAUAUAAUACACUUAUACAAAUCAAACCAAUCAUACAAACGAUAGACACAAAUUAUAUGUCUCUUUAUAAGACUCAAAAUGAUUAUUACACUUUGCAAAAUUUAAAGAGUAAAUCAUAUUCGUUUAGUCCAGAGGAUAAUCUAUUCCAAAAAAAAAAAAAUGAUUAUGAUAAACAUAAUAUUUAUAAUGAAUGUAGUAAUGUAUGUGAUAAGCACAGCAAAGAAGUGCUACAAAAUAAUUGUAAUAGUUACAAUAAUAACAAUACAUAUGAUCAUUUUAAUUUAAAAAAUGUACACACAUAUCAAUCCAAAGAAACACACCCACAUCCAAUUCCAUUAGUCGACACAUAUGAAAAACAUACAAACUGUAGCACCCCAAAUAACAUAAAUAAUGAAAAGCAAAAAAAUGAUGAAAAUAACCUAAAUAUAUCUUUCAAUAGUUCAAAACAUAUUUCAAACGACGAUUAUUGUCAUUUAAACGAUACAUUAAAAAUAAAUAAUAUUAAUAAGGAACAAAAUAAUUUAGAUUUAAAAAAAGAAAAAAAAAUUGUUCAAAAUAUUAUACCUUUACUAUUUUCCAAAGUAAAUAAUUGCUUAGCCUUUUUGUCAUUUAAACAGCUAGUCAAACUUACAUGUGCAUAUAAAGAAUUGAAUUAUUUUAAUUAUAUUUAUAUAUAUAAAAGGUUAUUACCAUAUCUAGCUAACAAAAUACAAAAAAAUAAAAUAAGUUUUGAAGAAUGUGUAUUACUUCUAGAAUGUUUUACCGUCUUACCAUAUGUAGAUAAUAAUAUAGACGAAAUUAUCAACAUUAUUUUAACAAACCUAGAAACACUUAUUACAUUUCAUUAUAAUUAUCUAUGUCGAAUUUUACAAUGUUUUCAACAUUUAACCAUAUAUAAUGAUAAUAUCUUAUCCAAAAUUGAUUGCAUCAUUUUUAAAAAUAAAAAAACGUUUGAACGAUAUUGUAAUUUAAAAGAUCUACACUUAUUUUUACAUUUCUAUGAAAAAAAUCCAGACGAGUGGCAGGAAAUGAUCAACUAUUUAAAACAGCUAAUUGAGCAAAACAAUAAUCCUAUUUUACAAAGUGAAGAAAAUAGCAUACAUCAAGACACCCACCAACAUGAUAGCACUAAUAAUACAAUGUCAAAUAUGAACAUUUAUAAUAUGGAUAAAAAGUUAAUAGUAUAUAAAUAUAACAAAGUGCAAAAAUGCUUUAAUGAAAAGGAAAAAAAUAUAUAUGAAGCACACACAAAUGUUCAUGAUGAUAAAAAGGAUGAGAUGGAUGGUACACCUGUACAUAUGGAAAAUUCAAAUGAUGUGCGUAAAAAGGUUUCUGACUAUAUAUAUUUCAAUACCAUGAACGAACAGAAGGAAAAGAAAAAUAUAUAA